GGAAAACCAGCCCAGUCCUUCCACACCCCUUGGUGAGGCAGUGCCUGGCGAGCGCCUCUGCCACUCACGGGUUCCUCGCCAUGCACUGUUCCAGGAUAAGGCUCACAAAAAUUGCCAAAGCCCUGAUUUGCCUCGUUGUUGUAACACAGUUCUGCCUCUUCCUUGGUAAUUCCAGCUCCUUGUUUGACUGGGCGAAGAAAAAGAUUUUCAGGAAAUUGAACAUUUUCCAACAUGCCCCAGAGACUCAACAAGUGGACCCCCAAGAGCAACAGGGUUUAAACUGUUCUGAUAAUGGGAACUCCAGGAGCAUUUUAAAGGUGACUUUGGGAGGACACAUCACAAGGCUCAAUGAUGUGGUGGAGAAGACACCAAGAUGGAAAGGGAAGGAGGAGCAGAAGGAAACAAUGAAACCAGUUAUGAGUGUUAAGGAAGCAAAGGAGACCAUGGCUGUGAAACCAACACCCCAGUUGGAGGGAAUCAAGGAGACAGCAGUGAAAACAACCCCUGUGGUGCAGGGAAACAAGGGGAAAACAACAGUGAGACCAGCUCCAUGGGUGGAAGAAACCAAGGAAAAGACAACAGUGAAACCUCUUCCCAGGGAGAAGGGAGGCAAGGAGAAGGCAACACUGAAACCAUCCUCUGGGGUGAAGGGAGGACAUGAGAACAACACAUCUGAACACCAAGCAAAACCCAAAGCACCUCCUGCAGCAAUGAACACUGUCAGACCUACUCCUCAGGUUGCUGCUGUGACACAGAAGAGGAAACUGAGCUCUGCUAACUUCGCAUCUGAACCACAGUGGGAUUUUGAGGAUGAGUACCUGCUGGAUAACUCCUCCCUACCCUCGACCUGCUCUGAAUCAGUGAGGGCCAGGGCUGCCAAGUCUGCCUGGCUGGGGGAUCUUUUCCUGCCCAACAUCACACUCUUCAUGGACAGGAGAUACUUCAAUGACAGUGAAUGGAACCGCCUGGAGCAUUUUAUACCCCCCUUUGGCUUCAUGGACCUGAAUUAUUCACUGGUAAAGGAGGUCAUAUCCCUGCUGCCCCCAAAGCCCCACCAGCAGCUGCUCCUGGCCAACCAUGACAGCAGCAUGCCCACGUGCAUCAGCUGUGCUGUUGUGGGGAAUGGAGGAAUACUGAAUAACUCUGGGAUGGGCCAAGAGAUUGACUCCCAUGACUAUGUCUUCAGGCUGAGCGGGGCUGUUAUCAAGGGUUAUGAAAAGGAUGUGGGAACAAAAACCUCCUUUUAUGGAUUCACAGCCUACUCCCUGGUUUCCUCUCUUCAGAUCUUGGGACACAGAGGGUUCAGCAACAUCCCACGGGAUAAACAUGUCAGAUACAUUCACUUCCUGGAGGGAGCAAGAGACUAUGAGUGGCUGGAGGCUCUUCUGUUCAACAAGGACAUCAGGAAAGGAUUCUUGAACCUCAGUGGGCAGAAGCCCCGGCAGAAAUUUGAUGAAGAUUUCACAAUGGACAAAUACCUGGUGGCUCACCCUGAUUUCCUCAGAUACAUGAAAAACAGGUUUUUAAAGUCUAAAAAUUUGGAAAAGCACUACUGGAGGCUGUACAGACCCACAACAGGGGCCUUCCUGCUGCUGACUGCCCUCCAUCUCUGUGACCAGGUCAGUGCCUAUGGCUACAUCACAGAGGGGCACGAGAAGUACUCAGAUCACUACUAUGACAAGGACUGGAAAAAGCUGAUUUUCUACAUUAACCAUGACUUCAACCUGGAGAAGCAGCUGUGGAAAAGGCUUCACAAUGAGAAUAUAAUGAAACUUUACCUGAGAACCUGACUGCAGCGAGGGCCAUUGCCUAGUAAAUCUCAACAACACUUCACUGGGAACUGAAGAGGAUCACCAGAGCCCAGGUUAGCUCUGCACUGCCAGGCACAUUUCAUCCCCACAAAGACAUUUCCCUCCUUCAGCACCUCUGUUAUUUCACAACACUUCAACAAAUGUGUGAAUGCUGCAGACCCAAGACCAACAGGAUAAUGCAGCCUGCCAACAAAGUCCCACCUGGCUGUGCUGCAGGACUCUUGCUGGUUGUUGUAGGCAUGGGUAUUAUGAGAGCAGAAUCCAGGAUGGAUAUGGUCCUGUGUGUAAUUUCUCUCUUUGCAAGGAGAUGCUCCUCAGGCUGGGGCCAUUUCUCUUCUGGGUGGAUCCUCUCCAUUUGCAAUGCCCAUUUUGGAGCUGGGUAUUGUCUAAACAAACUCCCUGAGGAGCUGGAAUGGAUGGAGGUGAAAACACAGAUUCUGUUUCAGGUUGACCUAAUUUCUUGGGAGGGGGCUGCACUCACUCUGCUCCCUGGAGAUAUGAACAAUUUGAGAGAGAAUAAGUUUCACUUCUACCUAGAGUAGCCAUCAACUCCAGGGCAGGUAGCUGCUCUCCAUGGUGCAGCCCAUCUCCUCUACCUGGUGCCUCUUGCCCCAGGGCUCCCCUGGCUGCACAAAAUGUGAAUUUUGUGGCAUGGACCUGAUGUGCCAAGUCCUUGCAUAGCUGGACUUUGUCGUGCUUGGCUCCCAGCUGUGUUUGUCCUGUUGGGAGGAGAGGUGGAAGCUCUCCAAGUCCAGGGAUGGAUGCCAUGUGUCCUUGCUGCUGAAGGGCCUGGCCCCCAUGAUGCUGAGAGGGGCCCAGCUGCAGCCAGCACACCUGGGGUGUGUUGGCCUCCUGGAAGGGGUUUUGUAAGCAAAAUAAAUGGCACUACUUUGGCUAAGCUGAUCUUUCAGCAGCCCUGUGGGUUGUGGUUAUUUAGUGCACCCAGAACUGAUGCUUUAAAGGCUGAGAUACAGCAGAUGGCAAAGCCAGGAAAGUACAGGACUGAGGGAUAAUGAGAUUACCUCCAUCUGGAGAAGCUCUGCAGCUUAUGUGGACACACCUGAGCAUCCCCCACCUGUUUACCUUGCAGGGCAGGGAUCAGGACCAGCCCAACACCUCCCUGAGGAAGUGGGUGAACACCUGGCAAGUCUGCCCUUGUCCCAGCAACUGCUCUCCAAGUGUAUCAGAUAUUCAAAAAAAAUGCAUGAAGGGCUGGAUGUUUCCCCCAUGACACUGUGCAGGCAAAAAGCCACCUCCAGUGUCCCACAGGUCCAGAGCAAGUCCCUGGGGUUAACCAGCUGCACACUCACCAGACCUGCUUUGGCUGGGAGUGUUUUUCCAUUUUUGUUGGGGGCAGCAGUGUCUCCAGGGACUCUCUGGGCUCCAAGGAAGGCAUUUCAGCCAGGAUUGUCAGCAGGGUUUGUCAGGCUUGAUUUCCUUUUUCCCUUUUUCCCUGUGCUGCAGAGAGGCCGGGCAGUUUCUCAUGUCUCACUGAGCUUGUUUGUGAAGGACAACCACCCACACUGAGGAUCUAAAUGCAGAAUUCAUCUUCUCUGGAGAGGGUGUAGCCUGUGCCUGGCUGCUGUGCCCAUAGCAGCCCACAGUGUCCCAAAUGCCUGUGGGAGCAGGGAGCUGUCCCAAAUGCACGCUGCCUCUCUUGGGAAUGGUGCAACACUGUGGGAAUGCCAGGCCAGGAGGGAGCCACGGGCUUUGAGGCAGGCCAGAAAUCCUUCUUGAGCAGCAAACAGGAAAGCCUGAGUGAGGCUGGUCACCAUCCAGAGCUGCCUGAGGAGAAACUCCUUCACCCAGGAGCUCUGGACCUGCUGGAUGCUUCAGCCCCUGUGGUGGCUGUGCACUCUGUCCCCAGGUGGCCCUGGUGGUGUCCCCUGUCCCCAGGCCCUGCAGGCUCUCCCUGAUGGGCUGUGGGUGGGCAGUGAGGCAGUUUUGUUCCUUGCCUGUCCCUCAGGCCAUACCACAUUGCUGAGGGUUGCUUAGUGACCAGCUCCACCGGGUAUUCUUCCUGCCUGAAUAGGGCUUUUCUCUCCCUGACAAGUUGGAAGAAGUUUCUCUUAGACCUUUCCCUUCCCCCUCCUCCUCUUUUGUUCCUCUGUCCUUUGGGAAGCAGGAAGGGGCUGGGUACCACUGAGCAAGAGUUCCCCAGUGGGUGAGGGGGCUUUGGGACGGGCUGGCAGCCCCCAGCCCACGCUUUUCCCUGGUGUUGAGGCUUCCCAGAGACAAGGGAAGGAAACUUCCCAGGAGGCUUUCCCCAGAGCCUGUUCCCUCCAGGCUUUUCUCUCAGCACAGCUGAGUUUGACUUAUCAGGGGUAAUCUUGGCUGGAGAAGGGCCUUUGCUGUGGCCUGAAGUUUCUCAGUGAGCUCAAAGGCAACAUCCUUCCUGAUCGCAGGAAAGUGACACUGACCUGAUGGUCCCCCCCACUGUGAAAUACAAAGCUGUGUUUCGUGUCACGUACAUACAGGCAAUGUGUGUAUUUGUGAUUGUGAUAUGUGUGUGAAACCAACUGUGGGACAGUUAUAAAGACGAAUUCUAAUAAAUAACUGAGGAAGUAAAGCAUGGAAGAAGGCCUUUGAACCUAUCCUUUGUUUGCAAUUAACCUUUAUAUGUCUUAAGUUGAUUUAGGAGCAUUUGAAUUAAAGCUUUAAGGGUGUUGUUUUUUGACAGGAAAAAAACUGCUUGUAGUUAAGCCUUAACGAGUUUUGCAAUAAUAACCUUUUGAAGUAUAAUUUUAGAAGAUUGCUUGUAGUAAGGAUCUUUUGAAACUAUAGCUUUAGAAUACAUAAAAAGGAAGCAUGCAGCUUGAGAAAGGAAGAUGGACAUCAACUCAAGGACUAAUAGUCUUGACCAAGGGAAGCUGGGCAUUGCUGUUAUGAGAUUUAUAGUCCUUGCAAUCAAAAGGUGGACCCACAUCUGGAGAGCUGGACCUCACCAGAUGGGAUACUCCUUCCUUCUUUCAGAAAACACCACCACCUGGGAUAUUCCUUUCGGGAUGUACAUCCUGAGAAAAUAUAAAUCAUAAUAGUGUAUAGAAUUGUGAUGUAAAAAUUGGGAAUAGAAACUGCUGAGAGAGCUUAUGAGUACCCCUAUAAAUACCUGUAAGCCCCAACUAUGGGUGUGCAGUUGGAGGGAAAACUUCCCCCACUGUACCCAGUGCUGUGUUGCUCUUACUUUACUACAUUAAUUAAUAACUUGAUUGCUGCUUGAA